UGCGGCGUAGUGUUGAACGAUGUUGAGCCGGCUUCAGGAGCUGCGCAAGGAGGAGGAGACGUUGUUGCGGCUAAGAGCGGCCCUGCACGACCAGCUCAACCGCCUGAAGGUUGAAGAACUGGCCCUGCAAUCAAUGAUUAACUCAAGAAAAGGAGAUGAGAUGGUGUCUUCUCAACCUGCACCUGAACAGUCACAUGAUACACUGAUGCAUGUAGACAAUGAAGCAACAAUCAACCAAACUGCACUGGAGUUGAGCACAAGGAGCUGUGUGACAGAAGAGGAAGAGGAGGAGGAAGAGGAAUCAGAUUCCUAAAGAGCAAAAACAGCAAAGGUGAAAUGCACGUCUUAACAGAGACAGGCAUGGGAAAGAGGCCUAAAAGCAACGUGGCACACCACUGGGCAGGGGACUCCCUCUUUGCUGCUUCUCAAUCGCUUAGACACCUGCCGCGUGGGUUGGCGUGCUGGGCUGGUUAAGGCCAAUGGUGGAACACAGCCAGCCUGCAAAAUCUACUUCCUCAGCAUCAGAUCUCUUGAUAAAAGCAUGAACCUGCAUGCAAGGAAACAGAGAGGAAGUGGUGUUAAAAAUCCAGCAAGAAGGAAAAUACAAGAGCCUUGGAUCAAGAGUUUGUGCUCCCCUUGGAAGGAGCUCCUGGCACCUGCCCUUGAGUAUCACUGGGGCCAGAAAAGCACAACAGCUACAACCCCCAAAGACUUGCUGUACCAGCUACAACAGCUGUGAGGCCUUGAGCAAAUUGCUCAGUUCUCUGAACCUGCUCUAUGGGGAUAGAAACCUUGUCUUUGAUGCUUCACAGGCUUGUCAGAAGGGACAAAGCAAACAGUGGAUUUAAAUGCAUGUUACACACUGUACAGGCUAAGGCACAUAAGUCCAGAUACUUACAGUAACUUUCCCCCUCCUCCCACCGCCCAACUAGAGUGGGCAGGCGGAGAGUAACUUAGGAAGGUGCUGAAUGAGGUGAAUCAGUCCAUAUUAGUAAAAGGCUCCUACUCAUGUAGCCUGGCCAUUUCUUUCCCCUGACUCCCUCAGAGUCUUCCUCCCAAGUGCACACACUCAGGUUGCAGGGUUAUCCCAGCUUUCUCUUUAAACUGAUGGGAGGAUAGAGGAAUCUAAUGUGUGGUAUUCUGCUGCCCCAGGCUCAGCUGGACCACAGUGGGCAGGGUAGGGAAUGGGCUCCGGAAGUACUAGACAAAUGGCUGACAUGAGAAUAAAUUAAUAAGGCACUGUUAAGAAUCUGAAAUAAAUGUACUUACCAUGAGUUGCUUCAAA